ACUCCAAAAACAAAAUAAACAAUUAUUCAAAGAAAAAAUAUUCUCUGUGUUAUUUCCCUAUUUAUUGGACCUUCUCAAAAUUUCCUGCUAUAUGACAUGGAAGAGAAUAAAGUAAAUUUUCUUUAUCCUUCACCGUCAUCUCCAAUUGUGCAACCGAAUUUCGCUAAUCCUAUAUGUCCUUUGUCACAUGAAGUAGGUUUGAGUAGUUUUACGGUGUCACAGGUACCACGACAAGUUCCAAUAUCACAGAUUUAUACGUCGAGAAAAAUCAAACAUCCUUCAUUUAGAAAACGAGCUAGUUCUGGAACAAUGCCAUAUUAUAUCCCUUUUAAGCAUAGACAACGAACAAAGAGUGAAAAUGCAGAUGCCCCGAAUAGUCAAGAUUCUCAAGAAUCUUCCUCGACUUCAAUGGAUUGUGAAAAUAUUCACGAUAGUGCUAUAGUUGAUAUGGAUUCUCAAAUUCUUCAUUCGCAACCACCAGGAAGCAAUCUUCAAUUUAACAAAAUAAAAUUGUCUCAACUUAAAAAGUCGAAAUCUUUGGAGAACUUAGUGUCACCAAAAGUAUCUUCAGAAGACACAAACUUAAGUUCUUCUAAUUUUUCUACAUUAGAAUUCAAAGAAACUUUAUCGGAUGUUAAGCUUCAUCUUGCAGCAUUGCGAGGCGACGAAAUAUUACUGCGAAAAGUUCUUGACAGUGGAAAAGUUCAUGUGGAUUGUAAAGAUGAGGACAACACAACACCUUUGAUACUUGCAGCAGCUGGAGGUCACACAGCAUGUGUCUUGGAACUGCUUGAACAAGGUGCCGACGUAAAUGCAAAGAGAGUGACUGGAACAACUGCGCUCUUCUUCGCUGCCCAAGGUGGCUUUAUUGAUAUUACAAAAAUUCUUCUCAAAGCUGGAGCGAUAGUUGACUGUCCAAGUGUUGAUGGUGGAACGUCUUUAUUUGUGGCAUGUCAAGGUGGUCACGCUAACAUUGUGAAAGAACUUUUAAAUGCCGGUGCCAAUGUAAACGCUUAUAUGAAGGAUCGCGCGACUCCGCUUUUUAUUUCCGCACAAAAUGGACAUCGAACUGUUCUUCUAAUGUUGAUUGCAGCUGGUGCCAAUUGUGAUGUUCCAAGAAAUGAUGGCGCCACGCCGUUGUGGAUUGCUAGUCAAAUGGGGCAUGACCAUAUUGUUAAGGUUCUACUUCAGAAUGGAGCAUAUGUUGACACUGUUCGUAAUGAUGGUGCAACUGCAUUGUUCAAAGCGAGUCAUAAAGGACAUCAUGCAGUGGUGCAAGAGCUGCUUAAAUAUCGACCAGCUUUAGGUGUUUUACCAAAUGGAGAAACUCCAUUACAUGCUGCAGCACUUUUCGGUCAUCUACCGAUAGUCAAACAAUUGAUUGCUGCUGGUUCUGAUCUCGUAUUGAAGAAUCAAGACGGAUUUACAGCACUUCAAAUUGCAAAGCAACAGAAAUAUGUUUACGUUGUUGAAUACCUUUUAGAGAAGGAGAGAGAAAUCAGUUUGUUGUGUAAAGGAAUUCAACAACUGCCUCCAAGACCGCAGAUGAAUAAUUUAGCGACAAAAACAGCAUCAUAGAAACUGCAAAUGAAGACUUUUUAAUGAAUCGAGUCUUUCCGUUUUGUGUUCGAAAAUUGUAAUAAAAAGUCAUUAAAUUUCUUUAUCGUUUCCAACAUUUUCUUGUUUAUAUCGAAACGAUUAAAAUCUAUCAACUAUUACGUACAAUUCUUGAUGACACUUCUUAAUACAUCACAAAAAUCAUUAUAUCGGGGAUGCUUCUUUGAUGACGUUACAAUACAAUUAAAAGUGCUCAAUUAAAAGAAAUAUUUCGAGUGUUAACAGUUUAGACGUCAUUAAGAAACUUUACAUAAAUUCUCGUCUUUCUGCUACUUAAAUCAAGCUUCUUAAAGCUUCAAAUUUUCAUAUCUUUCCUUCUAUGCUUUAUACCUUAGAACAUAAUUUAUGUUUAUGCUUAUUAUUUGCUUCCAGACAUGUGCUUCCUGAAUUAUAUUUUAAACAUUUUUUGUUUUGUUAAAGUUUUAAUUUAUUUUCUUAUGGUUGAUAUUUCAGACUUUGAAUAAAUAGAAGAAUAAUAAUGCAGAAAAUAUUGUAACAUAAAUAAAUAUUUGAUGAUAAAAAAGAAAUGAAUUCUAUAAAUAAAUAAAAUAAGAUUUAUCAUCGAAACGUUGA